AUGGGUUUUCAGGCUCGAGUUGGCGAGGGUUCAAGUUUAUCAGGAUUCGAUCGACUGUUUAUCCACCAGAAAAGUGUGAAACUGCGUGUAUGCAUUUGCCGUGACUGCGCCAUAUUGGAUCAUCGAGACCACAACAUCGUUUCGCUUGACAGCGGAUUACAAAAGAAGAAAUCAGAAACCGAGGAUAAAAUGCAAGAAGUCCAGGCAAAUGUUUCUCGUUUGAGGAGCGAGAAAGAAUCCCUUGAAAAGCAAAGAAUAAGAAUGAACAAAAGCGUCCAACAAGCGACAGAAGAAAUACGCAGAACGGCGGAACGCAACAUAGAAUUGAUUCGCCAACAUAAAGCAAGCGUCACCGAGCGACUAAUGAAGCGGAAAGAAUCUUUCGAUGCUGCAUUUUCAAACACAGUGACAGGCCUGGACGAAAAACUGGUUGAUAUGAAGAGCAGCUUGGACUUUGGCAACGAAGUACUUCAACGAAAUAAUUUACCAGAGAUUCUAAACGUGGAAGAAGUGCUUGAACCAAGGUUUCAGGAACUUAUGGAGCCUUGUGCAUUUUACUUGAAGGUAAAUUAUUCCGCCGUUAAAUACGUAGCAAAUGACUUGUCGUCCCUGAAAGAUUCACCGGGAAAGCUAGUAACGACAAACACCGAACCUUCCUUGACAAUGGUGGAUGGCAUGGGACUGACAGAGGGUGUACAACGCGAAGAUUGCACUUUUAUUGUGAUUACAAAGGAUUCACAGGGAAAUAAGACCCACAGUGAAAUUGACAGCGUUGAAGUUUACAUCCAAUCAACGCAGACGAGAGAAACCGUGAAGGUCACCAUAAUAGAUUCACAAGAUGGCUGCUUUUAUGUAUCAUAUAAACCUGGAGCUGCAGGAGAGUUUAACAUCUACAUAACUGUAUCAGGCGAGGAUAUCAGUGGCAGUCCGUUUCAGUUGAAAGCGAGAAAAGGAAAAACUAAAGCAAAAGGGAUAAAGAAGGGAAAACGAGAAUUGUCAGCUAUGGGUAUCCAGACUCUGACUACCUUGGCCGAGUGAGGUUGCAGCUGGUAAGCAAAGGAAUUAAAGAUGACACUUCACCCGCACAGACUAAAGAUUGAUCACCACUGAGGUUACUUACUCUUUGGCAGAAUGAUUACUUUUUGGAUGACAGCACUGCUUGAGGAAGCGCAUAUUGCUAAUAAACACCAGCCGGGGGCAGGGUCUUGUUGUUCAAAACACGAUUUAUCCACUCAAUGAUCAGCGUAAAAUUUAAUUUCAGUGUGGUAACGUUUCAGCUGUUGAAGUUGUCCCGCGGUCUUAACUUUUUUGUCCUUCACUUUCUUCUUUGGCCAAGAGAAGAUGAAGGGCAUUGCUUAGGUAAUCCCUCUCAGUCUAUUUUAAGAGAUGUUAGCCUGUUUUCAGGCGGAUAAUGCUACCACGCAAGUGGCGUGGACGCUUUAGCGAACGGGAAAAACGCACGUGAAGCGGCUUGGGCUAUCCACGUGAGCAAACUUUGCGUCACAUGGAUUAGUUGGCUGGCUAUUUCCAGAUCAUCCUGGAAUGUCUGAAACCAAAAGUUAUCUAAAAGUAGCUUGACAGGAAUUACCUUUAUCUGCUCUGGCUUCAGUCUCAAACUCCACGUUACAUUAGCCGUGAAAUCACUUUUGCAUGUAUACUAUGGAAAUCUAAAUCUCGUUGCAAGUUUUAUUCGGAUUAGCGUUCAUCAGCUUUCGAACAACAAGGUGUGCCCUGGAUGGCAAAUUUGUACUUAAUUCAAUUCAAUUUUAUUUACACUUAUUUUAGUGACGCAACGGCUUCAUUUAUUAAAAAAUACAUAAACAAAAAACAGAGAAAAACGGAAAAUUACAUUCAAUAAGAAAAAAGUGUGUAAUGGCCAAAGGAGUGAAAGUUUUCGAGAUGGCCACCGUGACUACAGUUGAACUAUUAAGCAAUUAGAUUCUGAGCUCGAGAUUUCUAUCUAUUCUAUUGACGAGGGCGCAGCCCGAGUCAACUAUCACGUGAUAGAAAUCGGGAGCGCAUAAUCUAAUUGUUUUAGUAUAAAUCUACUAGUCGUUCAAACCUUUAUCUAGAUCGUUCUGGGAACUAAUCUGUACAACUGUUCGCAUCUCUUCAAGAAGUUCCCUUUUGAGUCUAACAGGGAUUGGACUUGUAACAGCCUCCACUCUAAUAAAUAAACUGCAAUAUACAGAUUCGUCGCAAAACGUUUCCAAGUGCUUAAGCUUGCCUUAUCUCGUACUCAGCAAAAUUUAAAACGCCAUGUUAUUUUGAAAAUAAAAGCGAUUUCGUUAGGUGAUUGAGUGGAGUUAUUUCGAAAAACAAAUUAAAAGAUUUGAACAGAACGAUGUAUAUGCUGUGUUGCUGCUGGUCUUUGGAUGAGGCUAUGAAGGCGGCCCAAGAACCACUUAAAUAGGCGAACUUGAGUGGACGCACUAUUUUCCCCUAAGGACGAAGAGGAUUAAGACAAGCAUAUUCUGUUUAAAGUCAAGUUCUGCUUUUUAUGCCAGUCAGAUUCUCAACAUGAAGGAAUUGAUAGUGGUAAAUGUUAGGAGAACUUACCACUUGCCACAACCAGUACCGAUAGGGAUAACUUGCCUAAGUACAAAAAACUAUUCAUGACGAUGACAGAAGUGAAUUAGGGCCAUAUUUAACAGGAACUGGGCCAGUCGUUGAGGCGGUUUUCAAAAAUACAAAGCCUUCACAUUUUAAUUAAGCCUACUGUUAGGCCAAUUUGACCGCCUUCUCCAGCUCCAUAAAAUUCGAAAGUAUAUUUGAUAAAGAAGGGGAUCCUUCUGAUCCACGAAUUUCCGAACAACACGAGCUUCCUUUGAAUUUGA